AUGGCUGGCUCUUCCUCCCCGGCUGGAAAGCCUGAGAAGACCAUGUCGUCAAAUCUAUUGACCAUGAAGUUUAUGCGACGCGCUGCAGCUGCAAAAGAGACUCAAAGCCCAUCUUCUGAUGACAGCUCACACAAUUCCAAGCGGCCUCGUCUUUCCACCGGGGCUGAGAGCCGUAGCACCUCAGAUAUGGAUGCGAUCGCCGCUGCACUUGCUGCCGAGGAAGAAAAGCGACAGCAAGCUGUCGCACGAGCAGCUGCAGAGGCCGGUGAGACACAGUGGGUUCUAGAUGUCCCUGCUGCGCCCCAGUCCACUCGGCAGCCUAUGGUAUUGGCAGCAGAUUCGUUAGAUGCAGAUGACGAUACCUACUCUGGUGGACGGCGUGCGUAUGGCAAUUUCAAGCGCAAGGAGCGCAAGUCACCCGAUGAAGAUGAAGACACCAUAAUCAACCCGUCGAAUCCACAAGAGGUUGCCCAAAUGGUGGAAAAGGCCAGACUCAAGGCAGAAGCCAAAGCGAGAGGAAACACACGACCGACGAAGCUGUCUGAUCUCACUAGUAUAUCUGGGUCUGGUCGGGGGUCUUUGUUGGGAGCCCCAUCCUCUGACAAGAAGAAGAAGAAGCGCAAGAGCCACUAA